GCCGGCCUCUUUUUUUUUUUUCCUUUUAUCUUUUUUUUUUUUUUUUUUUUAUUGCCUCGUGUCCUGCAUGAACACAGAGGGAUUGGAGAAGCCCUGCGGAAGCCCUUCAGCUGCGCCAGCAGGAUGCCCAGGAGAAAGCAGCAAGCACCAAGGCGCUCAGCAGCAUACGUUCCUGCAGAGGAAUUAAAGGCAGCUGAAAUUAAUGAAGACAAUGUGGAAGAUGAUGGACUUUCUCUUGAUAUCCAGGACAGUGACUAUCUGUACAGCGAGGAACCAGAAAUUAAAGAGAGUCAGAGUUACCAAAAUUCACCUGUCAGCAGUGCAACAAAUCAUGAUGCUGGCUAUGGUUCACCGUUCAGUGAGACCAGUGAUCAGUUAGCUGACUUCAAAAGUACUUCCUCCAAAGAUGGCCAAGAUAGAGAGGAUGGUCAAAAUGCGGACAAUGUGUCUUUCCCUCAGGACAGUUUGGCGCAAAUCAAAGCUGUUUAUACAAACCUGUUGUCAGAAUGCUGUUGGUCCAACAUUGGAUUGGAUUUAAAAAAAUCUAGUUCUACUACAAGCACCAACAAAAGCAGUCAGAGUGAGGAUGCAGAAGCAAAGUCUAGCCCUGUCACACCUACCGCCAUCACAAGCAGUAGUAGCAAUACAAACACAAGUACUAGCAUUAGCGUUAGUACAAGUAACACGUCAAAUAGUAACAAUGCAUCAGGAUAUGAUUGGCAUCAAGCUGCUUUAGCAAAAACAUUGCAGCAAACAUCUUAUGGACUACUGCCGGAACCCAGCCUAUUCAGCACAGUGCAACUUUAUAGGCAAAACAAUAAACUGUACGGCUCCGUUUUUACUGGUGCCAGCAAAUUUCGGUGCAAAGAUUGCAGUGCAGCUUAUGACACAUUAGUAGAGCUAACUGUGCACAUGAAUGAAACUGGACAUUACCGGGAUGACAAUAGAGAUAGGAAUUCUGAAAGAACAAGACGUUGGUCUAAGCCCAGGAAAAGAUCACUUAUGGAAAUGGAAGGUAAAGAGGAUGCACAGAAAGUGUUAAAAUGUAUGUAUUGUGGACAUUCAUUUGAAUCUUUGCAGGACCUUAGUGUACAUAUGAUUAAAACGAAGCAUUACCAAAAAGUGCCUCUGAAGGAGCCAGUACCAGCCAUCACAAAACUAGUUCCUUCAACAAAAAAACGAGCACUUCAGGAUAUAGCUUCACCCGACUCACCUGAGCAAGCAGGGAUUUCCCCAGGGGCAUCAGCAAGUGAUGGUGCAAAGGACCCUAAAGCUGUCAAUCCAUAUGUGACUCCCAACAACCGGUAUGGCUACCAAAAUGGUGCCAGCUACACAUGGCAAUUUGAGGCUCGGAAGGCUCAGAUCUUAAAAUGCAUGGAGUGUGGUAGUUCUCAUGACACAUUACAGCAACUAACUGCUCACAUGAUGGUCACUGGACACUUCCUAAAGGUAACAAACUCUGCCUCUAAGAAAGGGAAACAACUAGUUUUAGAUGCAGUAAUGGAAGAAAAAAUCCAAUCAAUACCUUUGCCCCCAACUACUCAUGCAAGGCUACCAGCAACCUAUAUAAAAAAGCAACCGGAUUCCCCAACUGGAUCCACACAUUCCGAGGAGAGGAAAGAAUCAGAAAAGGAUAAAACUAACAAUGUUGAGCAAGAAAAGAAAAUCAAGGAAGAAAAUGAUGACUCUGAAAAGGUAGAGACUGCAACUUUGUACCAAUACCUCAGAGAAGAGGAUUUAGAUGAUAGUCCAAAAGGUGGGCUUGACAUCUUAAAAUCAUUAGAAAACACAGUGUCAAGUGCAAUCAGCAAGGCCCAGAAUGGGGCACCAUCGUGGGGGGGCUAUCCUAGUAUACAUGCUGCUUAUCAAUUGCCAGGUACUAUAAAAGCAUUACAACCAACAGUACAAAGUGUUCAAAUGCAACCAUCUUAUGCCAGUAGUGUGAAGUCAUUAUCAUCUGAUCAUAAUGCUUUGAUCCAUUCCCCUGGAAGCAUAACACCUCCACCUCACAAAAGUAAUGUCUCUGCAAUGGAAGAACUUGUAGAAAAGGUAACAGGUAAAAUCAAUGUGAAGAAAGAAGAAAAGCCUUUUGAGAAAGAAAAGACUCCUCCUGUCAAGCCAUUAUCACCAGUAGCUAAAGAAAAUAAAGACAUUCUUAAAUCCGAGGACACAAAUAGUAAAGUCCUUAAGAAAAACACAGAGCCUGAAAUUCAAAAAACAAAAAAAGAAACACAACUGGAACACCAUACACCGAAUGGUACAGAACCUCUUAAAACAAAAGUCACUAAUGGGUGCAACAAUUUAGGAAUAAUCACAGACCAUUCACCUGAGCAAUCAUUUAUUAACCCACUUAGUGCAUUGCAGUCUAUAAUGAAUACUCAUUUAGGUAAAGUGUCCAAACCAGUAAGCCCUUCUUUGGAUCCAUUGGCUAUGUUGUACAAGAUUAGCAAUAGUAUGUUAGAUAAACCAAUUUAUCCUACAACACCGGUAAAGCAAGUAGAGUCUAUUGAGAGGUUUUAUUAUGAAAAUAGUGACCAGCCCAUUGAUUUGACAAAGUCCAAAAACAAACCCCUAGUGACAAGUAUGACAGAUCCAGUUUCAUCGCCUCUGAGAGAAAGUGCACUGAUGGAUAUUUCUGAUAUGGUAAAGAACCUCACUGGACGCUUAACCCCGAAAUCCUCUACUCCAUCUACUAUAUCAGAAAAAUCUGAUGCAGAUGCCAGCAGUUUUGAAGAGGCUUUGGAUGAGUUGUCACCUGUGCAUAAGAGAAAAGGCAGGCAGUCCAACUGGAACCCACAACAUCUCCUUAUUCUCCAGGCUCAAUUUGCCUCCAGUUUACGGGAGACGCCUGAAGGGAAGUACAUAAUGUCGGACCUGGGCCCUCAAGAACGCGUCCAUAUUUCUAAAUUUACAGGUCUUUCUAUGACUACAAUUAGCCACUGGCUGGCCAAUGUUAAAUAUCAAUUAAGGAGGACAGGGGGAACAAAGUUUUUAAAAAAUCUGGAUACAGGGCAUCCUGUUUUUUUUUGUAAUGACUGUGCCUCUCAGUUCCGGACUGCUUCCACAUACAUAAGUCAUUUAGAGACACAUCUAGGAUUUAGCUUGAAAGAUCUUUCAAAGCUCUCUCUUAAUCAGAUUCAAGAACAUCAGAAUGUUUCAAAAGUCAUCACCAACAAGGCUUUAAGCUCCAUUGGACUUAUUGAGGAGGAUUCAGGCUCCACAUUCCAGUGUAAGCUGUGCAAUCGAACAUUUGCAAGCAAGCACGCAGUUAAACUGCACCUUAGUAAGACACAUGGGAAGUCCCCAGAGGACCAUGUGAUAUAUGUAACUGAAAUGGAAAAACAGUAACAUCCAGUUAUGCAGUCAGGUAUGCAAGUGACCACAAGAACAUUGCACUAAACUUAUUCAUAAUUCUGCACUAGGCCUGACCUGAGCCUCUGAAAUCAGUCUUAUUUUUUGUUGCUGAACUGCCUAUCUGGAAUUUUUUUUUUCUUACAUAUAUUUUAUAUUUAUAUUUAUAUGCUCUUUGUCUGAUUUGUGCAUGUUUUUAUUGUGAGUCAAUGUCUGACCUUUUAAUUUUCAACAUCUGUUCUUGAUAUUAAGCUAUCUUUUUGUAGAAUGUAGUGGGAAACACUAUUGAGAGACAUUAAUUUAGCCACAGAAAAACACAAAGAACAAUGAAAAAAGAAGAACAUCCUAAAAUUAACAGGUUGCCAUAACAAUAAGGUCAGAAAGUCUUGUGGUGUCAAGUUAACCCUUUGAGCACUGCCAUAGUAUUUCUGUGCCUUUUGGAAUAAAAGUGAAACGUUAUUUAAUUCAAUUGUCAAGUCUGUACACAGCACAUAAUCUUUCAAAACAAAAUAACAUAUAUUGCUAUUUGCUUUUUGUCUUAACUUAAUUUUUAUGUUUUAUUUUUUUUUUAAAUGCAGAAUUUUAUGCGACAAUAUGCAUGCAGCUCUGGGAUGAUGGAGGAAAACUUUCUCAGUACUCCUUGCGUUAAGAUACCACAUUGUGUAAAAGACAUUAUGUAAAAAUGUGACAGAAGAAUAUGAAUAUGAAAAUAUAUGUAUGUGUGUGUGUAUAUAUAUAUAUAUAUAUAUAUAUACACACACACACACACAUUAUGUACUGAAUAUCUGAAUGCUGUUCUCAUUCAGGCAAAAAAAAGUAUGCAAAUAUGUUAUAAAAUAUGUAUAAAAUAUUUUGUUUCUGUGAAAUGCAUAUCACAGUUUAUAGUUAUUUGCAAAAAUAAGCUUUGGUACAAGGUUAUCUUCCUACACGUGCUGCAUUUAUACGCCCCUUUGCUACCAGCAAUUUAACUAUACAUUUCAUUGCAGGCCCCUUCUGGCUGACAAAAUAGCCGAAUAUUCUGGGUCAAAAAAUUGAGUUUUGUUCCCUGUAAAUAGUAGACGUUAACUUAAGAAUACAUGUUACAUAUCUUACCAAUUGAAACAGUUUUCGCUUCCUUUGUACCUUACGGCGGUAUGCUUUCACUUUGAACUUUUUAUAUUGUCAUUUUAUAUUCAACUCCCUGUGUAUAUAAAAUGUAAAAUCACAUUUUUUUUUUUAUAAAAAUAAGUUCUUGCAGAUUGACUUAAGCAGAGAAAUUUUACUGGAGCCUGCAUCUUUUUUUAAAGAUGCACGUAGAAAAGAAACUGACAAAAAAUAUAAAAAAUAAAUAAAUACAAAAUAAAGAAAUGCACUAUGAAUUAUACAUUUCGAUGUUCUAUCAUUAAUAUUGUACAGUACAUUUUGGUUCACACAAUUAAAUCCACUGUUUUCUCAAGUGUAAAAUAAACCCACAUGCAGUUCUUGAUUUACAUACAUUGUCAUGUCGUCAUUAU